AGCCUUUCUCCAACGAAUAGUAAACGUUUAGGUGCAGCAAUCGCUUUCAAUCAUUUAUGCACGACUCUUGGUGGUAGCAUAAGUAUAAUUAAUAGGCAUUGGCUGGAAUUUUUAUAUGUAUUUGUAAAGUCAUUAGAAAAGUGCGAUGAUAUUAGAAUUAUUAGUGCCAUCAAUAAUGUAGAAAGUGUUAUAAAAGUAACGCCCAAUACGUUAAAUGCAAAAAGUUUGCACAGAGAGAAACCACUUGGUUUUGCUAAUGAGACAUUAAAAAGUGCAACAAUGUGGUUGUUCGAGCAGUGCGGAUCAUUAAAUAUACGAUGUAGGCAUAAAAGUAUGGAACUUUUUGAAAAUCUUUAUUUAUUUAUACCCGGAAAUAAGUCGAUAGAAGAAUUUUUUAACUCGCGGAGCGCAAGCUCUAUCAAUAGAUUAGUUUUAAAAAAUCUCGAUAAAGAUUUUGAAUAUUUUACCGCCAAUCAAAUACAAAUUUUCUUAAAAAGCCUAGAUUUUUAUAUUUGGGUGUUUAAUAAAGGAUUUUUGACGCCUGAGAGUGUUUUUGACGCUGAAGAUGCUCAAGACGAAGUAAAGAUAUUCUUCCGGUUCUUCUCGAAAUUUCUGUCUUUCGUUAUUAAUGAAAAUAUCGCAGACGCUUCGAGACUGCGAACAAAUACGGCAAAUGAAGCGGAAGAAUUGGUUUAUUUAUUUAAUAAGGCAAUAUUGGAAAUUUUUCGAUUUAUAUCGAUAGUAUUACUCGCAAAAAAAAAGGAUUCGAUCAAUAUUUUGGAAAAUCUUUGUACCGACAAUUUGUACAUAUUAAUCGUUCGAUUUACGCUGUAUCCCCAGAAAAUUGGAUUAACCGCUAGGAUAUUACAAACAAUCACGUCACAGCAGUUGGAAAACUGGUUCAUUGAAAUAAUGAAACAUUUGCCAGAUGCUUACAUAUCGAAACUAACAAGCAAUUUUUUGAUCGAAAAAACAGAGGAUUACAUAUUUUUUAAUGAUAUUAACGAUAUUAUAAAUGUUAAAAGUGAUACUUUACCAUCCAAACAUUUCAUGCGAAAUAUAAUUAUAUUAAAAAAAUGUAAAUUAUUUAAUUUCGAGGACGAACAUCGUAUUACAAUCGCUUUUGCGAAAGAAAAGAUUAGGAUUAUUUUUGAAGGGCUGAAAGCUGCAUUAGAUAAUGGCGAUGUACUUAAAAAAAUCGACAAUAACAUAAGAAUUUACUUAGAAGGCGUUGUACAGUUUUUCUUACUGGAUUAUCAGCCCGAAUUACUAGAAACGUUAAUCGACCUCAUCGUAAGCGGCUCCUCUCCUAGCGCUACGAGUACUUACGUGAUCUCGCAUCAAGAAUAUUUUCUAGAUACGUUUAAAGUGCCUAUAUUCUCGUGCGUAAUGAAGAAUCCCACGUGCCUGCUGAUCGAGGAGCUCCUCAUCUUCGCUCAGCACAACAGGAGCGAGAAUUCGGAGACGCUGGCCGGCGAGGUGAUCAAGCGUUGCGCGACCUACAGGUCGCACGUGGGUAACGUGGUACGUCGGGGCGACAGAUUUUUCAACAUGAAUCGCGUGGCCGUGUCGCUAUUGAGUAAUUCGUCGACCGCGAUCUACACCGAGGGUCUGCCCAAUGCCUUGUACGCGUGGAUCGUGGACGAGCUGAGCGCCGAUACCGACUGCGACCGGAAGUUCGCGAUAAUGGAGAGCUUCCUGGUGUGCAUGAUCGACGAGGCGGGCCCUGCCAGCGCCAAAGUUCCGGACAUUCUUGGGAAACUGAGGGAUCCGGACUCGAGCGCUUGGCUCGAGAAGCUACGGACGAACGAGGUGGAGCGCUCACGUGCCGUGCAGUGUUUUCACGUGUUAGCGCGCCUCCUCGAGGUCACGAGGUCGAGCGUCAUUUACGAGGGCUUGGCGCGUUAUGCCGCGGGAGCUUGCGAGCUUCUGACGGCGGACAGCACGAGCAAUUCCCUGCGCGUCUACCUCGCGAUGAUAUCCGCGGAGAAGCUGCUCAAGUCCCUCCAGGCUAUUUACGAGCUGUUCAAGAUGCGUAGCUCGAGCGCGCGCGAGAGACUCGAUCUCGUCCGGUACUUCAUGCUCUCGACCCUCGAGUCCUGCAGGAUCCCCGUACUCGGCAAAUUUUACGAGCAGAACGCCCGCGAAAUGGCGGAUCUCGUGGCCGAGGCUCUGCCGGAUAACGAUCCCCUCGAGCGCCGCGGUGUCCUCGUAACCAAGAUUGGCUGCUAUCGGCUCCUCGAGCUUAUGUUCUGCAAGCUCCCGCCUUCGAUGAUCAUUAUCCACGUCGUUAUCGACGACAAGCACACGGACCUCGGCCUCUUCCUUGGCGAGCGAGCGAUGGACGUGCGCAAGCUGGUGCCGCCCCAUCAGGGCGCGGCGGAUGAACGCGAGCUCACGAGGCUCUUGCACUGCGCGGCCUUCAAUUUUUUCAUUUCGAUGGCCUGUGCCAGGCACGACGAGGCCAUUUAUCAAGCGAUAUUUCGCGAGGCCGACAACAUGGACCAGUUCGUUUGGAGGAGGAUCGUCGACUGCGAGAGAACGUACGAGCUGACGGAGGCGAAUCACAGCUUCCGCUGGCAGCCGAUAAGCAUACGCCGAAUGAGCGAGGAGGUGGCCCAGGUGGCCUCGUACGCCGCGCACUUCCGCAGGGAUUCGCAACGCAUGGCCGACUUGCAGAUGAUGGGCGAGGGCUCGAACGGCCGCCAAUGGAUCGGCCUCGAGUACGACGAGUUCAAUGCGCACGAGUGCGCGGCAACCAUCACCGGGGCGAUCGUUCACCUCGUGAACAGUAAGGUGAGUCCGUUGCCCGCCGCCGACGAGGAGCCGCAAGAGGACCGGUUACCCGACUGGUUGGUGCACUUCCGCAAGGCUCUCGCCACGGACGCCGGUAACGUCAAGCUCUUCCUCAUGCGAAUAAUCAGCAACACGAGAGCAGUCUUCGUACCCUAUCUGAGAUCGUUGUUUGUCGACCUAGUGGGCGCCCUGUGCCACUACCUUGCCGACAAUUCGCUCAACUAUCUUGUCAGGGACAUGCUGCUGAUAAUUGCCGAGUCCAAGUACGAAUUGCGGGAGAGCAAUGAGGCGCGAGUGGCGCAGAAGCUCGUCGAGAUAAUGAUCGAGCGCGUGUACGAUCGACGCCACCAAGUGUACGAUUACAAUCUCGAGAUGCUGGAGAGACUCGUGAUCAUUUGGAGCGACAGUCUCAAGUGCCCGGAGAAUUUCGACACUCGAAUCCAGAAUUCGAACGUGGAGUUGACGACGAAUGUCGUUCUCAUCCUGCUGAGGCACGGCGUCGAGCCCAGGACUCUCAUCGCCAAGCGCGAGAUUCACGCGAUGAUUAGGCGAUCGAUGUUUAUGUGGCAGGAGCCCAUAACACCUCGAACUUUCGAGACACUCGGCUGGAUCAUACGCUACAUCGAGAGCGACCAAAGGGAUACACUGAUCCAGAACGACCUGAUCCAGCUGUUUACCGAUAUAAAGAGGUACACGGCCUUUCCAACUAGUAGUCUCGCUGCUAUUGUCUGUGAAACUGUAAUUUUAGCAUUUUCAAUGUACGACGUCGAUUAUUGUGCGCGCCUUGUUUAUCUUCUCUGCGUGGGUUGUUCACAAUUGGCUGGGCGCGCGGAGCUGCGAUCAUUCGUAGAUCCCCGGGUCGUCAAUGACGACAAAUGCCGAGCCGAUUGUACGGAGCUGUUUUUGAAGGCGAUGGAUAAGCUGGAGGUGGACAGGCUCGCGUCCGACCUCGAGUACGUUAACCUUAAAGGAGUGUUACGCGACUGGGAUUUCCCGUGCCUCGGCGCUGCAUUCCAGAUCGUUGACAAAUUACUGGGACUCCUCGACGCUACUCAGCUUUUACCGUACGCCCAAUUACUCGAGUCGUACGCUAAGCCCAAAGUACUCCUGGAGUACAAGAGGAAUGCUUAUGGCUUCUUUGUGAAGGCGUAUGAGAAGCACGCGAGCACUGGAAAGCAGGACUCGGAGCCGCUUACGAAGCUAUGUCUCGAUGCUCUGAUUGGCGGGACGGCGGAUCCGAGCGACGAGAUCCAGGACGCAGUGUUGGACUUCUGGCGCGUUGACGCCGGCAUACCCCACGGCAGCGUCGAGCGUCUCAAGCAUUUAUUAGGCUUAUACAGUCCCCGGGUCCAUGCCUCCUACGCCCAAUUCCUCGCGCUGAUGAUGCUCGAGCUCGCGGUCCAGGCUCCGGAGAGCGAGCGGCUGCUCUACGGCCGCCUCGUCCAGUGCCACUACGAGGACUAUGAGAUCGUGGCUUCGAGGACGCGACGCAGGAGUAAAACGCGCGCGCCCCUGUUUGCCCCGUCGCUGCUCGCGCAACUGGAGCGUGCCGUCGCCCAGCAAGGGAGCAGACUCAGGAGGUCCAUUGAGAAGGAGAGGUCUCACGAGGCCGCGACACACGUCGUCCCUGAGACGAUCCUCGAGCAGCUCGAAAGGCUUAUGGGCUCGAAGACAUCAGUAGCAGCGACGUCGUCAAGGGGACCGAUACCCGAUCCCUCGGAGAAUAUGCUCUCAAAACGGAUUCCGGAAGACUCGAGUACCAAGACGUUCCACAAUUCGUCUCGAAAUGCCACUCAAGAGUAUUUCCGGCGAUUACGGAAGGAGGCGCGGACGCAGCGCGAGAGCGUGAAAAUUAAUCGCAAGUAUAGACUCGGCAACUACCCGGACGUGGAGAUAUCGCAGUCGAGCGUGGUCGCAAGCCUUCAAGGUCUCGCGCGCGCCGACCACGACUUUGCAGCGGACCUCGUCGUUUCGCUCAUCAGUGCCCUUGUGAAACUCAACCCGGGACUCCAGUCAACAGUCGAGGAUACCUGCAAACGCGCGCUUAAACAGCCCAACGAUUUCGCUGCCCCGGCAUUAGAGAUAUUAUUGCGCUGCGGGUCUAACGGCUACGACGCUCACGACGUAACGAAGAUCGCUGAGUCGAUGGGCUUACACGCAUCGGCGAUAUUGCUGCUUGAAAAGAGCUCGAUUCGUCGUAACGAGGCUUUGUACACAGUCCUUGAGAAUAAAAAGUUAACGGGUGUGCUUGUAUUGGAACACCGACUGCAGUUAGCCAAACUGUACAAGUGCAUCGGUCAUCGCGAUGUCGUUAGUAACAUCAUCGAAGACUGGACAUUACCCGCAAUUUCGGAUGACCUGCGACGUGGUUACGUGGCCGAGAUGGAGGGUGACUGGAGCACGGCUGGGGCAGCCUAUGAGAAGGGUUACGAUGUCGAGGUCGGUGACGCUCAACAGCAUUGCUUGGACGGCAUGUUUCGGUGCUUCAAUGAACUUUCUUCGUGGACGCGAAUCGAUGAAAAAAUUAAUCUAAUCUUAAACGAUGAUUACAAUUCUAUUUGGCAAAAUCCAAAUAAGGACAGUCUACUGCCGUGGAUAUUUACAGGCCAGCUGCAUAAGAUGCUCGAUGACCUUGAGACGAGCAAGCCCUCGAGGUUGCCUCUGAUGGAGUAUCUGGACGACUGGAUAAGCGAGAGGGGAGUCGAGCUCACCAAGAAAUUCGGCGAUCAGAUAUCUAUGCUGUACUUAUGCAACGAUCCUCCGUCAGAGGCGACGUCCCGAUAUUGCCUCGAGCAAUGCCUCGACGGUGCAAAGGAGCGUUGGACAGACUCCGGCCCCUUCGCCGUCCGACUCAAACUCCGACUCCUCGAUACAUUCAAUAUAGCCAAGGACAUCGAUGCGUUUUUAAGGACACUCAGUUCGGAUAAUCGUACGAGUGCUCUCCGCAAUCUCAUGCGAUAUUGGGAAGACGAUUCGGCUAAAACGCAAUACGAUUUUCACACCUGGAAAUUGCGGAUGAAAUAUAGGCUGGCCAUCUCAUUCAUUUUGGUUAAAAUGUUUCACAGCGCUGACGUAGAGCCAGAUGUACGGGCCGAUUUAUUGAUAUUAACCUGCAAUCAAAGGCUGAAGAUAACAGAAUUGGCCAUUAAGCAUAGAAAGUAUAUUUUGGCGCAGAAGCAUAUAUUGUCGAUCAAACAGUCCCUUGACGAAAUAGACGCGACGGGCAAUAAGUUUGAGAAGUUCCAUCACGAGCUCAGCUUGGUUUCUUCCACAUAUAACUUAUUGCGCGGAAAUGUUGAAAGUAAAAUUGAGGAGAAGCUUUCUCGCUACGUUAUUUCAUGGAAGCUUGGCCAAUCUCUCGUAACGAAUGGAGCCGUCGACAUUUCAACGAGGAUCAAAGCAAAACAUCAAAUUUUCAAAGUCACCCUUGCUAUUUCCGACUUCAUGCAAAAGGAUACGGAGUGCUUGCACCUCGUCACGCACAAUCGAUUCAUUACUACAACACUCGACGUCACAUCGUCAGUGGAAAUCGAAUAUGCGCUUCACAAUUACAGAUACAAUGCUCUGAAGAGUGUGUGCUACGAGGGGAGCAUCGAGGAGAUGAUGAGGAGCCGUGAAAUAUUCGCCAAGUAUUGUUACUUUAUGAUAUCCGAUAAAUACGAUCGAAAUCUAAAUGAUUUAAAAGACUUUGUCGAGGCUGUGCUAACGGCUAUGACUAUAGGCUGUACGAGCAUUAUUUAUUACUUUCCUUGCUUAUUGAAGUACUUGCUUCAUCGAAAAAGCGAGCAAAAUAUGCAGCUUUUCAUUGAUAAUUGUCGCAACGUUCCCACAUGGAUGUUUUUAUAUUGGCAGGAGCAGAUAGUAUCGCAGCUUGCAUCGUCGCUCAAACCACUUGUUCUUCCAAUUGUCGAAAGACUAGCGAAAGAUUAUCCCAGCGCAAUAAUCUACACUUUCAGAGCAAUUUGCGAAGCCCAUCCACGACUAUGCGAGGAUCCCGCGAUAGAUGCCGUGUACAAAACUCUCUUUGCCGAUCAAAGGAUAGAGACAUUUUUCAAUUCUAUGAAGUAUUUAUGUCAACCGGAACAGUAUCUGAAAUAUCAUUUAUUAAAAAUAGUUCGAAUGUCAAAUGAUUGCAGCGCGGUAGUCGAGGCCUUGGAUACUUUUGUAACGGAGAUCCUCGCCGAUGAUCACAUGAUUUACAUCAGAGGCGCGGUGCACAAGCGCGUCUUUACGAAGCAUCGUAAUGAUCUAGAAAAUUUAAAAAACGCGACAAAUAUGAGGGAUCUGAAGAAAUGCAUCGAGCAUUUUUGCACACGCCUCGACAAGGCCAUGCUAACGAGAAUAAACAACGAGAAGGAGUCGUUGCGCCUGGAUAGUUAUAGCCCUUAUUUGUCCCACUUCUCGGAUGAGGUAAUUAUGCUCGAAGUACCUGGCCAAUACAGCAGUAAGGAAAGGCCCCUGGUUCGCCAUCACCCGAGGAUCGCCCGUAUCGAUGGUCUCGUUCAAAUUCCCGACGGCUCAUUAAGGAUCGGCCUGAUCGGUACCGACGCUCGCACAUAUCACUUCCUCGUCACUAUUGAGUCGAGUGCGCGUCAGCAGGAGCGCGCACAACGCAUUCUCGAAAUGAUGAACGACAGUCUGCACUCAGAUCCUUGCUGCAAGAAUAAGUUGCUGCGCGUGGUUACGUACUGCGCUGUGCCGCUCUCAAGAUCAAUGAGUCUCGCGCGCACGAUCGACGGCACGAAAUCUCUGAAGGAGUGCAUCGAGUUUUCGAUGAGCGACAAAACCGUCCUCGAGACCGUCUCCAUGAAGUACAGGAAUUGGAUCGAGCAGGUCUCGAACGACAAGACGACUUCCAAGAGCCUCGUUUAUAAAGAUGCUCUGUUGAAAUACGGCGCGGUGGACGUUAUCGCGAAGAUGAAAGAGCUCGAUGGUUGCGUACCUUGGGACUUAUUGCGCAAGACUUUCAUUCGCUUGAGCUCUUCGGCCGACAUCUUUAUCCAACUGCGACAGAAAUUUAUAACAAGCUACGCCACUAUGUGCAUUGUCCAUUGGAUCUUGGGAGUUGGUAAUCGACUUCUGGAAAACAUUCACAUUGAGAUGAAAACGGGAAAAUGUUUGGGUACAGAUUUUUCUUUAAUGUUCGGGGCAGGAUUGGAUCUGCCGAUUCCCGAACUCGUGCCAUUUAGAUUAACGACCCAAAUUUUGGGCUUAUUGAGACCAUUUCGUGAGCAGGAUUUGCUCGGAUCAAUAAUGAGUGACGUAUUGCAUGCCUUACGAAGCGAUAAGAAUUUAAUUUUAGAUUGCUUGGAGAUUUUUAUGUACGAACCCUUCGACUGGAAUGAGAAAGUUAAUCGAUUAUGGUGGGACGAUGACGAAAAACACGAAGGUAUGCGAUUAAUUGUCAUUAAAACUAACGCGCAUGUUAAAUGGAUUUCAAAAAUCAAAAUGUCGAUCUUGAUGAAAAAAUUAAACGGUGCUAAGCCUUCUAAUAUCAUGCUAGAAGAAUUGUCGUACUUGUACGAGAAUACUGAUUAUAAUUUGCAGUGUUUUGCUAUAUUUGGGUACAUUAUAAAUGGAAACGAGCUUCAUCACACAACCGCAAGAAUAGCCUUAAACAAAAACGACUUGACAGCUAAGGAGCAGGUGCAAUGCCUUCUGGAUCAAGCGACGGAUGCCAAUGUAUUAGGACGCAUGUGGGUUGGAUGGCAUCCAUUUGUAUAAUACUGGAUUUAGUUAUAGAAUAAUGUAUUAUUAACGAAAUUCGCAUCAC